GUCCUUCCAAUUAGCAAUCCCUAAAAUUGACUUCUUAGGGCAAUUCCCUGCAUAGACUCCACCUCCGAUAAAAACAAAGAAAAAGUUGGAAGCUUUGCGCUAGUUAGUGUUGAUAAUGGCGAGAACGACCAGCAGAGACGCUCAAGCUCUCUUCCAAUCCCUUCGUUCUGCUUAUACUGCCACUCCUACUAGCCUCAAGAUUAUCGAUCUGUAUGUAGUUUUUGCAGUUUUCACUGCUAUAAUUCAGGUAGUUUACAUGGCCAUUGUUGGGUCAUUUCCAUUCAACUCUUUUCUUUCUGGUGUACUUUCUUGUGUAGGGACUGCAGUCCUUGCUGUUUGUCUCCGUAUCCAAGUGAACAAGGAAAACAAGGAAUUCAAGGAUUUACCACCAGAGCGUGCGUUUGCUGAUUUUGUUCUCUGCAACUUGGUGCUCCAUUUGGUGAUUAUGAAUUUCCUAGGUUAAGGUUGAGCCCUGCUGGCUCCCUGUUUUGUUGGGCUGUAGCUGUGAAACAUAUUUAUAGAGUUAUUUUAUCAAUUCAAGCAAAUUUUCAUAGGACAUGGCUUAUAAGUGAAUUGCUGGAUUGCAAUUAAGAUUUUUGGUGCUUA